UCGAUUGAGGAUGCAUGUGAUCUGCGACAUGCUGGUCCAUUUAUCGGCCAAAUGCCCAAGCACUUCUUUCCUCCGAUUCCUUUGCAAGAUCCAAGCAAAGCAAAACUUGCUGCCGAGUGGCGUCGUGAACGUGAGAUCCAGAUCAAGGAGUUGCAAAAGAAACAAGAGUCGAUGAGUGUCGUCAGUGUGGUCUCGAAGAUCGGCACCCCCGAUCCGGUGAUGCAGCCACCAGAGGAUAAAUACGAUUUGAUCGAGGACUUUACGCAUUAUUUGUCUAUUGGUGACCGUCUUCUUGAAGAAGAAAUCACCUGUUUGGAGUUUGAGGAUGAACAAGUUGGUCCUGCACCGAUCCUCACUCUGACUGGGGAAUUAAUAGAAGAAAAGGAUAAUUUCUUUGCGGUCAGCUACAUCUUACUCAGUGGACGCAUCACGGAUGGAGUGUCUGCUCGCGUACAAAAUGCUCGAUUGGCAUUAGCCAACUUGAGACAUCUGUGGCGCCGUCGCGACAGUCUGCUGUCUGUGAAAGGUCGAGGGUAUGCCGCUGCAGUUCAGCCAGUUCUGCUAUACGGAGCAGAAACUUCGGUGUUUGAACAGCAGAGUCUACGCCGUAUUGCGCGAAUCUGGUAG